AUGGCGAAUAUGCUCAGUUCGACAUGGCGCUCCUUUUGGCAUACCAUGACAUCCUACGACCGGCAUGCCUCCCAUGAUUCUCCCUAUCGCACUGGCCAGCACGUGCCGCUCGGCCAAAGCCGCCAUGAUCCUCUCACUUCCAUCGCUACCAGCGCCGCCGACUCUCGCCCCGACCUCACCAACCCCUACGAUGACGAGUCCACUAAGGGCCUGGCUACUGCACAAUCUACCGAAUUCAACGGUUCCAACGAGCAAGCUGAUGGCCCUGAGAUUCAGAUGCAGAGUUUCCACGACGGCGCGCCGCCGCCUCCUCCGGUCGCACACUCCUGGCGAAAGAUUGAGCGCUGGCUCGAAAACAACUACGAGGAGCUGCUGGACAAUCUCGGCGAGGGGUGCACUCAAAAUGAUAUAAACGAAUUGGAGCAUGAGUUGGAUUGCAGCCUGCCCUUGGAAGUGCGCGAGUCCUUGAUGAUCCAUGACGGUCAGGAGCGGGGUGGUCUGCCUACCGGUGUCCUCUUCAGCUGUAUGUCGUUGGACUGUGAGGAGAUUGUCCAGGAGCGCAGGACCUGGAAGACUGUCAAUGAUGAAUUCCUCAGCAACUCGAUGGUUAACAGCGCCCCUGUUUCUAGCUCCGCCGCAGGCUCUUCGGCGGCGGCUGCCUCUCAACAGGGCAACCCUGGGUGGCGGAAUGAACUGCUCGAUCGCCAGGACUCUCAACCUCCCGGUGCCGUACAAAAGGCAUAUGCUCACCACGGUUGGAUCCCAGUUGCCCGUGACUGGGGUGGCAACCACCUUGCAAUUGACCUGGCUCCCGGUCCUGCUGGAAAAUGGGGCCAAGUUAUUAUCUUCGGCCGUGACUACGAUUGCAAGUACGUGGUUGCUCGGUCCUGGGCUGCUUUCUUGGCCACCUUUGCGGAUGAUCUCUGCAGCGGCAAGGUCAUCGUGGACGAAGAGACAAACGAGCUGCGGUUGAAGGAGUUCAAGUCGCAGAGUAAGUACGGCCGUCGCCCACCGCGCCGACGCCCCAACGGACCCGGUGCGAAUGGUUCCGGCAACCGCAACAGCAAGGAUUCCCCAUACGGUAGCCCGACUCGGGCUGAAGAGCGUGGUCGGUCACCCAACCGUUUCCCCAACCGCGGACCUGCACAGAGCCCCAAGACUCCGUUCGGCAUGUCGAGCCCUCUUGCUCGCGUGACCGAGGAAACCUCCAGCCCUAUCGGCACUGCGGGACCUGCCAUCUCAGAAGAUGCUCGGGAGCCCGGCACCAAGGAGGAGGAGGGGGAUCUGCUAGAGGUGGCCACCCCCCAGAUCUCCAACAAGGAGAAUGAAGGAUUCGAGAAGACAGAAACAAAGUCAACGGACACGGACAAGACCGAGACCGACGAUGCGGCAGGACCCUCGAAUGUCAUGGACUCGGAGGUCCUGGGAGAGAUGAAGAACGUGGCCAUUUAA